UGCAUUUUGAAUGAACUUAUUAAAUAUAAAAUGACAAUUAAUAAGUAUGACUCUUAUUAUGGGACGGACAGACAUAUUGAGUAGGUAACUCCUAAGCAAACAAAAUGGACCUUGGCAACAUCAACUCCUUCACUUGGCACCUUGCAAGCUUUGCUCAAAAAUAUAUUGAAUGGAAAGGAGAAGAAGAGAUUAGUCACCAUGAAUGUUGUGGAACUAGAACUUGAGCAGCUUUCUCACGAAUCACAUGAAUUCAACUGCCAAACAUUGUCACGGUCAAACUGCAAUUUAGUCAGUAUGACCACAUUACAACACUACAAAUCUUCUAGAUUUCUUGGGGUGUUGGAAAAGUUGAAAGUUCGUUGGUUUCUGAUCCAUCCAUAUUAAUUCAUUUCACCAACCAAUUUUUAUUAUAUCUAUAGGAACUCUUCCAUUCACUUUGUCCACGUCUCCCUGUUUCUUGUUCAUAUUCAGUUUUUUGACGUAUCAACAAGGGAUGAUAAUAUGAUAAUGAUACUGAUGAUAAUUCACCCUCUUAAAUCUAGGACUAAUCAACCAACUCAGAAAGUUGGAACAGAGGUUUUUUUCUGCACUCAAUCAUCAUUACUGACUUCUGCUCCGUAAAAGUAUAAACUUUCUUCAUCAAAAUCAAUGGCUGCAACUUCAUCAAUGGCUAUUAUCUUCAUCAGCUAUUUGAUCUUUUCCACGUUGACUUUUAUGCCAAUGAUCUCACUUGGCAUCCCUUUUGUUGUCUUUCAUGGUAACUUAGCUUUUCUGUCAGUUGUACUCUGAUCUUGUUGCUUUAAUUAAAAGAGUUUUAUUUCCUGGUGAUCAUCAAUGGAAAGAAACAUCAUCUUAGUUAUUGUCCCAAGUUUGGGUUUUCAUUAAUCAAGUUAUCAAGAACCUCCGAAUACAUAAUCUUCAAUCUAACAGUAUGGAAAAAGCCUGCAGUUGUUGUAAUCUCUAUUUCAUAAGGCUGGUGACUCUCAAGCUAAACUUUUGAUGAUUUUAGACCAUUACAGAGCAUUUUUUCUAUUGAUAUAAUAGAAGAAUUCUGUGUCAAAAAAAAAUCCAUGGAUUUCUGCUCUUACUUGACUUGUGUGAUGACAGGAAUCUCAGAAAAAUGCUCUGAUGAAGCUGCAGUACAGUUCAUUGAGCUUCUAAGCAGUUGGUCCGGUUCUCAGGGAUUUUGCCUAGAAAUAGGAAAUGGCGCAUGGGAUUCCUGGUUUAUGCCGUUUACUAAACAGACAUCCAUUGCUUGUGAAAAGGUGAUGAACAUAAGUGAGCUUAGCAAUGGGUAUAACAUUAUUGGGCUGUCCCAGGGAAACAUGGUAGGCAGAGGGGUGAUCGAGUUCUGUAAUGAAGGCCCGCCAGUGAAAAAUUUAAUCUCGUUGGCGGGUCCUCAUGCGGGGAUAGCCUCUAUUCCUUUCUGUGGGUCAGGCUUGUUGUGCAUUCUUGCUGAUUUUCUACUGAAGCUAGCAGUUUACAGCAACUUCAUCCAGGACCAUCUCGCACCGGCUGGUUACAUAAAGAUCCCAACGGUAAACUGCGCAAUUACAGCAUUAUUUUGA